GCACGGCACGGAACGAAUACUCGAAAUUCCGCCGUUGGUCUAUGGCAUUUUUUGGCAAGUCAUUUGUCAUGUCAGUGAUUGUCAACAUCAACCAUAAACAAACUGAUCAAUUUUUCAGUUUUUGGUGAGCAACAAAGUGGUAUCUCUUACCUUGAAGUCUGUUUGAAAAACAUGCCUUCCCAAAAAUUAAAAUUCAGGACUUGUAGUUAAGAAAUAGUGCUGGUGGAACGCAAAACUAAAAAGUGCGAUAUCAAAGUACGCAUUGCUUGUGGUAGUUCCGGUAGCAUACUGCGGUAACCCUAACAUUAAAUGAUCCAAGAGAGUUAUUACAUAUCCUAUCUGAAGUUGCUGUAAUUUGCUUGGUGUUAAUGCGAGAAUGGUAUAGAUCAUAUUGUGUCCACGAAUAGUUUGGUGUCACACAGAAAAGUCUAGGUUUUGCUCAUGUAUUUUAUCAGAGACUGUGACGUAAUUCCCGACUGGUGGUUUAAAUAAUACAUAAAAAUUUAAGCAAAAAUGGAUAAUACAGGAGAAAUAUCAAGGAAUCGCUGGUACGAGAUACCACGAGGAAUAUUAAGGCUGUGUUUCAUUUUAUUGAACAAUGUAUAUUGUAUACCAACAUAUGUUAUAUGGAUGCUGACGUUAUGGCCAUUGAGAAAAUUCAAUUCUGAGGUUUAUUGGAAGUUAGAAGGGUACUUUUUUCAUUGGUUAUUAGCAAUGGUCUCAUUAUGGAGUUAUUCAGCAGGAUAUGAUAUUGUUGAAGUUGGAGAUGACAUAUCAGAAUGCCUUGAAGAAAAGACGCUUAUAAUAGCAAAUCACCAAUCUACAGCAGAUGUACCACUGUUGUUUGCCUGUUUCAAUCCUAAAAAACAUGUAUUACCUAACAUCAUGUGGAUUAUGGAUAGCCUUUUUAAGUAUACAAAUUUUGGUGUAGUUAGUGUGUUGCACAAGGAUUUCUUCAUAAUGUCAGGUAAAACUAAAAGAGAUCAAUCCCUGCAACAGCUUGCAAAGCAUAUAAUAGACACAUACAUCCCACUAAAAAGGAGAUGGAUGGUGUUAUUUCCAGAAGGGGGAUUCCUCAGAAAGAGGAAGGCUGUGUCGCAAAAAUAUGCAGAAAAAAUGAGCCUCCCCAAGUUGGAGAAUGUUUCUUUGCCCAGAGUAGGUGCUAUGCAAGUUAUUAUGGACACUGUCGGUCCAAACUCAGCUAUAAAUAAUAAUGCUAACAUGACAGCUACAACUGGCAAAAAUUCCAUGGGAAGCCAGUUAUCAGGCAAAAAGCCAAACAGUCUACCGCAACUGCAGUAUGUAUUAGACAUAACAAUAGGCUAUCCCAAUGGAUGGCCAAUUGAUCUAUCACACAUAGUAUUCGGAAACAGACAACCUUGCCAGACUGUGAUAUUCUAUCGUGUAUACAAUGCCAAGGAAGUGCCGCACAAUCCUGAAACUCUCACGCAAUGGCUGUACGACAGGUGGCAGGAGAAAGAACGCAUGCUGGAGUACUUCUAUGAGAACGGCGAAUUCUCCGCCGACUUUGCUUGUCACAGUUACCAACCGCCGAAGGUGGUGGUGCAGGACUACCUACGUUUCAUCAUCCUGCACGCAUUCUUCAUAGCAUCCACGUACGUACACGUGCAAAUGCUUGCUGCCUUUUAUAACUACUACCAUCAACUCGUUUACUAGCGUUUCGUGAUCGGGUAUCUAGUCUGUUUGGUCAGGUAUUAUCUAUGAUGCGCGAGAGUUGCUUUUUGGAGUGAAAGCGGGUAUUGGAAAGCGGGCGUUGAUAUGCUUGGAAACUAACGGUGCAAACGGUAUUCGCGACAUGGACUAAAGUUCAAACUCAAAGUGGUAGAGUGAGCUGGAGAGUUCAUUUUCUUGGAGCGAAUAGCUAAGAAGUGACUAAAAUUAAAUACCGGGAUGCUAGAACUUGCCUCCAGUCCCAUAGGUCUGUUACCAGAGAUCGACCGAUACCUAUAUGUAUAAUAUAUUGGCAAUAUCGGCCUAUUUUGCCGAUAUAUGAAUCGGUCGACACAACAGCCUGACAUAAGCCCUGUACGAACAAACCAAUAGGCUUACCCAUAUAAAUUAUAAAGUUAAUAACGUUUACUAUUAUUGAAUUUUAAAAAUAAGCCCGUCACAGUAUAUAGAAAUAUAUAUUUUAAUUGUACUAAGGUAACCUAUCUUUGUUACGUGCCAUUUCCAGUCUUCAGUUUUAUCUGAACCGUCAAAUGACUGCAUUUUGGUAUACUCGUCUGCGUGAUAUUUAGAAAGGUGGUAUUUCAUAUUUGAUGUGUUUGGCAUUUUCUUACAGUAUUACACAUAUACCGCUGUGCAUGGUCUCGGCAGAAUGUUAUAUCUAUUUUUGCAUUUCUACCCCGUGGUUUGUCACUUUUUACAUCAGAUGCUGCGCCUGUUUAAUUUUUUUCAGGAUCAGAAUUAGAGCAUCUAAAGCUGUGUGGUUGUUAUUCAUUCAAAAUUUAUUAAGUAUUCUUAAGUAUACAGUUACGCGUGUAGUCACCUUGUCCUUCAUGCGUAAUUGUACAAAAAGUUCUUGGAAGCAUGCUUGUUAACUAUACGUUGUGUUUGUGACCGCCAAUGGACUUGCCUGCCAGCCCACGUACUCACCCGAAACAAAAUACAUCAGAACGUACAGAAACGGUAUUAUCCAAUUUGGACGAAAAUGCUAUAUCGGUCGACUUCUGUUUGUUACAUACGGUAGCGGACAAAAGUUUGGAAACAUUCUUAGUAAUUUUUAAAAAGUGCGCUAAUGUUUUAUCCUUUAUUAAUAAGGACUACUUUUUUCUCAUAUAGUCUUGAGGAUACAAAUGACAAUUUGUGUUUGCUGCGGUACUACAGACUAGCACUAAAAUACCUUGACGACAAAAGUAUGAAAACAUAUUUUCCAUUACAAAAUUAAAUACAAUAACUCCACAAUGAUAUCUAACAAACAUUGUUUAGCUAAUAUUUAGUGGCAUAGCCUUUAGCAUUCAACACUGCCUAACAUCUGCUGCUCAUAGAAGACACCAAUUUUUUACAGACGUCUGUUGGGGUAUUUUGCCAAAUAUUUUUUACACAAUCAAAUAAAUCGUUUCUAUUUUUAAAAAUUUUUCUUGUCAGUUGUCUUUUAACAUGCUCCCAGAGAUGUUCUAUAGGGUUUAGGUCCUGAGAUUGCGAAGGCCAUGUAAGAAAUUGACAUUUUUUAGUCUUUACGGAUAUUGAGGUAUGCUUGGGGUCAUUACCUUGCUGGAAUGUCCAUCGUAAAAGUAUUUCUUCUUCAGCAAAAGGAGGUAUGUGUUCACUAAGAAUACCUUUGUGAAGUUUUUGAUCCAUUUUCCCAACAAUUUUAAUAAUCAGACCCGCUCCAGAACUAGAAAAACAGCACCAAACCAUGAUGUUGCCUCCAUCGUGCUUAACUGUUGGCAACUGAUAUUUUUUGUCGGAUCUGUUUCGUAUUGGACGCCUCACAUAAUGCCGUACCAUCAGAUCCAAACAAGUUAAAUUUGCUGUCCAAGUUAGAUGAGUCUUAGCAAAUUCAAGCCGAUUUUUUUUGAAAUGAGAGGCUUUUGCACUGGGCGGCUACCAAAAAGCCCAAAAUCCAUCAAGUGUCUCUACACUGUUCUGAUAGACAGAUUCUCGGCACCCUCUUCUACGAUUCUUUUGAAAAUCUGUGUGGCUGGCAUUCGAGGAUCUUCAUAGGACCAACGUUUAAUGUAGCAAUCCAAAACAUUAUCGGUUUUUUCGAUCUUCCGCACCUGGGCCGAGUUGCUGUCGAUCCGUAUUCUUGAUAUCUACUAAUAAUUUUCGAAAUCGUCCCUUUGUUCAUUUUUAAUGUUUGAGAAAUGUCAAAAUUUCUGACACCACUUCUGAGUAAUUCAAUUACUUUGUCUCUUACAUCUUUUGAUUUCUUUUUACUUUUGCCAUUCUCACUGAUGUUAAUAUUUACCGCACGCAAUAUCAGUGUAUCUCAGAACGAAUAAAUACGACAAAACUGAAAUGUUUCCAUACUUUUGUCGUUACAGAAACUGUGUUGAUUAAAAAAACGCGUGUUUUUAUUUUCAAAGAACUUGAAUAUUGAUAAGAUAAACAUUGUAUUAGUACGGGAGCCAAAGGUAGACUUUAAUAUUUAUAUUAUCUGUUCCUUCUCAAUUUUAAUUUAGGUAUAUGAAAUAGUUCAUAAUAAUGUUAAUAUUUGUUUCCAAACUUUUGUCCGCUACUAUAACUUCUGUAUAAAUUGCACGACUAUUGGUGUUGAUAUAUAAAAUUUGCCUCAAGAACAUUUUGUUUGAGAUACUCUUUCAGGUGUUUGCUCAUAGGGUAGUUAAAGCAAUAGUAUUUCCCAAAGUAUAAUCGACUUUAAAUUUUCAUUUCCGAUUGGUGGUAUUUAAGUUACUGAAGUAAAAAGAUAUGUUUCACAAAACCUGGUCUGUAAAUUAGGUGAUGAGAUGAUUUUAUUUCAUGUAGUGUAAAUUCUCUCUUAUGUUAAACAACUCUAUUUUAAAAUAUUACCACAAGAAUAUCUGGCCUGAGAUAUUCUUUUAGGUUUUUUCGCAUAGAGUAGUUAAAACAAAAGUAUUUUCCAAAUUAUAACUGACUUUAAAUUGUCUAUCCUGAUAGGGAGUAAUUUUCAUUACUUAGGUAAAAAGAUAUCUUUUACAAGACUCCCUGUAGUUAAUUUUUAUGAUUCUUCAGCUAAUUCUACUACAUCCUUCAGUACUAUUUGCUGAAAGGCUAACCUUGCUAAUGGUAUCCGCAGGAUAAAUUGGAUGUGAGUUCCACAGUCUACUAUAGAUUUUUGACAUUCAAUGUGCUGUUCCAUAAAAUAGUUCAUAAAACUCCCAAGACGUCUGGGAACAAGAGUCGUAACGGUUAAGUUACUUUUUCGUUAGAUUUCAGUUCAUCAGAAGAUGCUUUCAGUGAACUAACCUAAAAAAAAGAAAUAGAUCAUGUUAGUACAUUGAGAAUAAGUUUUAUAUAACUCACUAAGAUCAACACUAAACAUACCAACACUUAAAACAUAACCCAUUUCUACAGUAGCUGGUCAAAUGACCGGACUUUAUGUUUCCUGAUUGAAUAUGUGAGAUAUGGUUAUUAGGACAGCAACAAACAAAUUAACUUUACUAUAGUUAAGUGUAUAUAAUUAAUAGAAACAAACAUAAAGUUAAAUGUGCAAAACCGGCCUUUUGACCAGUUAUGACAUUUAAUAAGCUGAGCAGCAAACUGACGGAAAGUUUUGGAUCCAGAGCAACCUGAAACAAAUAUUUUAAUGGAUGAAUUACAGUGUGUUGUAAUAAAACACCAAGGAAACUUGUUUUAAUUUUGUGUCCGGUACUCUUCCUACCAGCCUUCUUGGGAGAAUAAUUUCCAUUAUUGAUGCGUUGUGUAUUUUUUUACUUGUUCCAUGACAUGGUAUUUAAUAUUUUAUUUACUGCGUCAAUCAGUUUUUGUUAAAGUUAGAAAUAACGUUCUUUUCCGUGGUAUGAAAAGUAGAUAAAUAAAAAGAUGCUUUAUAUAACAUUAGAUUUUUUUAAUAUAUCGUGAAUAUACAUAUAUAAUAUUUUUGCCAUUUCGAGCAAAAAACCAUCCACAGGUUCCCUGCAAAUACAUCACAAAAGUUAAUAUUGUUUAAAUCAGGGUUUUUGAUUUAUCUUGACGUAUUUCCAUAUACACUGAGAACCAAAUUUGUCUAAAGGCUUGAGUUCAAUGUGUAUGAGAGAGAAGUAUGUAUAGACACAUAUGUUAGAAAUAGAUAGAAGCCGGCCUUGAAUUUAGAUGCAUAUUGAAAAUAUGCGUUAGAUUAUUCUCUACGCCCAAAUAAUGGUUUUAUUUUGAGCAUACACAUUUUUGAAUUGUGAAUUGUGUCGAAUCUGUUUAGGAUCGAUUCCGGAUUGGGGCUAACGGCGCUCUAUUUUAGUUCGAAAUGAAAGGUCAGGUUCGUCACAAAUUCUGCAUCAUUGGCUCGCCUGGCAACACCGCAUCUCGUACAUUCCAAGGCAAAGUUUUCACCUCCUUUAUCAUAGAUGAGCGAUUUUGGUCAGUACUCUUGGAGAGUGUUGUGCUGCUUCGAAAUGGUUUUCACCCGCGUAAACAUUUUCCGACUGUUCGCUGUCGCAGAAUGUAACAAUAACUCAGAUGUGUUGAUUUUAUCACCAUCGGUGGAAAUCAAAGACAAUUAUAAAAUAAAUUAAAUCAUUAAGUCACAUCAAAAUUGACAUUAAUAAUUCUUAUCAAAAUGAAAACAAAAUAUUAAAUUAUAUGUUCGAACAGAAAUCCUUCUUGGAUUUGACAGUAACCUAACCUAACCUAGUGAAGAAGCCGAACAUUUUCUGGUGUAACAUAUUGGCAACGUGGCAGAUUGCACGGCCUUCUGUUUCACCGUUGACCUUCGGUCUUCAGCCGGCUUCUAUCUCUUUCUAACAAGUAUUGAUAAGCACCUCUCGUGCUUCUUUCUCGUACACAUUGAUCUCGAGCAGUCAGACAAAUUUGUUUUUCCCUGUAUAUGUUUUUGCCUACUUGUUCAAAAUUAUAUAGUCUGGUUUUCAGGUUGACGCUACCUCUUCAGAUUAUUGUGAACAUCUUCAAUUUCAUAUUAAAUGGGUCCCUUAUUGCGUAUAGUUGUAUAGCUUAAACAGGACAGUCCUAAAUACACUAAUACGUGGUGUGCCAAUUAUUCCGGGAAUUUGUCAAUAAAAAACAAGCAAAUCAAAUUUCACAUAAAAUACAAUCGACUUGAGUUUUGGUCUGUAACUCAAAAAGAGGGCGAUUUGCCGGGCAGAAGUUGACAGGUGACGCAUUGUUACCAGACAUCAAGUUAUUACUGCAUUCCCGGAAUUUAAUUGUCCCACCACGUACAUCUACACAUGUAAGAAAAAACACAGCUAAUUUCAAAUCAUAUUAAAGCGAGAUACAUAUCAUGCCAACCGUUUUCAGAAUGUUAAAGAAUGACUAGUAUUUACAACUUGUAUUCCCUCUUCUUGCCUCAAAUUCGAGGGGUUAAUUCAAGGGCAAAUGACAAAACAUUAAGAAAUCGACAGGUUAGGGAUAAAUCAGUUUAAGAAUGAUUCCGUAUUUCCUAGUCUUAUCCAUUGCUUGGAUUUCUACGAUAAUAGGGAAUUAUUCAAGUGCAGAUGCUCCGAAAGUGAUGGAUCAGGUACACACUUUAGGGAAAAAGCAUUGGCUGCUUCUUUCGAACAAGCAUACUUGCAUUUGUUAAGUACAGCCUUGUUCAUUUAAGUUGCUGAGUAGGCGCUCUUUGCUCUUGGUGACCAUUUUUAGUUAUAAUCGGUAAAUUAUUGCCGAAUUUUUUACUCAGCAUCGGCAAGGAUGGUGAUGUUUCAGUAUGCAAUAAAUUAAGAGACUGCGUUUUAAUUCGUCAAUUCUUUCGGGCAUUAAGGGGGUCAUACCUACAGGGUAAUUCGAGCAUUGCAAAAACGCGUAAGACGUACGUUGUAAUUUUUAGUCGAAACAAAUCACAAUAAAAAAUUGGAUGCCUUAUUUUAACUUAGUGUAUCACACUUAUUUUGGUGAAUUACUGUGUAGAUCGUACAUGUUAAUUGGUAGAACUUUGAUCAUUUUAGUUGAUUUUGUGUAUUAUAAAACAAAAACACUCUUUAUGAUUGAUGUAUUGUCACAUUUUGCUGUAUACAGGAUCACUUAAAAAAUAAUGGCUAUAAUUCUAGAACAGAAAGUGAUAAAAAAAUAGCAAAAAAGUUCAUAUAACUCAAUAUCCUAACAUGUCCAGUCACUAGUGUACAUGAUGUUGUGAAUUUCUACGCUUUUUGUGAGACUGAAUACGGACAAAUCAUUAAUAUUGUUCUAAUAAUGCUAUGGUGAGAUACGAUCACUCUCCUUAUACAUACAUACAAUAAUCAAGGUAAAACGUUAUCAACUUCAGCGUUAAAUAUGGAUUUUGCUUCAAAUAUUUAAACCAAUUUUUCUCCAAAACGAGUAGCCUGACAAAAAAUUCCUUAGAAAUGCGGUCAUAUAAAAUUGACUAUCUUAUUUAAAAAUGUAGUCGGUGUUUCAAUGAGGUGAGUUUUUACUUCUGUGGGGGUAAAACCUCCCAAUUUUCACGCCAUUGCCGAUGUCGUAGGAAAAUAUUUUCCCAUUACUAACCCAUGAAACCACCAUUAUUAACUGCAUUGCCUUAUUGAGGAGUAGCAUUUCUCUGCUUAGAUAAAUAAUGAAUACAAAAAAAACACUUAAGCAAAUCAUAAUAACAUUUAAAAUUGCAUCCAUUUAAUUUCAUUGUGGCAGAGUAACAACUGAACUAUGUUUCGGAUUAUUUUAGACCUAUUGAGAAAUACGUAAGAUGAAUAAUAUUGACAUAAUUCUUGAAACAGGCUUCUAGUGUCAACAGAAAAUAUUUGUACCUUACUCCCCUUGGUUGAACCAUUUCAAUCUACAUCGCCUGUCUGUUGUAUUAAUUGAGUCUAGGUAAUCAGUUAUUUUCAAGUAUUCGUAAAAUUAGUUGGAAACUACUCAAACUAAGUACGCAAUGUUCUAUUUAUGUUUUGACAUGUACAACAUUUUAAACUCAAUAUCCUAUAAGGCGUGGUCACACAGUCGGCGUGCAGUUUGUAAUUUUGGUAUUUUUUCUAUCAUUUAUUGACCUUGAAAUAUAGGUGUAGCAGUGAGAAGACCACGCGUCCAAGCACAUAUUUUUUUCGAUUUAAAAAUGUACACCCUGUGUCGCGGUGAGAAGGCAUUUGAACUUUUCGUGUUAUUUUUUGAUCUACUUUAUGCGCUCUAAGUAGUGCCACUGUUUUCGGUAACACCCUGUAUUUGAAAGAUGUUAUUGAUCUGAAAUGUAUGAUACUAGUCUGCACGAGUCUUUGUUUGAAGACGUAAAUUACCAACUUGAAUGGAGUACCAUGUAUUUAUUUUGUAAAUAGUAUCGCACGGGUUAGGAUGUAUUUAUGUGAAAUAAAAUGCCGAAAAGUUGAAUUUCUUAUUAACACUUAAAAUUAUUAACACUUUAUAUACGUUCCCUUUUUCACUUAUCUUCUUUACUAUCAAUAAACUGUUCUUACUGACCUCAUAACAAAAUCUUUGGAGUAACUAUCUACUGAUUAGUAUUUUCAGAGCGUUGAAAUUGCCCAAAGUGCCACUUUAUCUCCCGAGAAAUACAUUUCAUCCGCGUGAUGCACCCACUUGAGCCCAGUUCGUACAGCUGUCGCCAGCCUAUCAGUGAUCGUGUACAAGAUCCCGCAACACAAAUUCCGUUUAUUCUGCGUAUAGCGAACUAUAGACGGAAUUCAGAUGGCCGGAUCUCAGACACAGUCACCGACAGGUUACCGACCACUGUACGAACAAACGCAGUGACGCAAGUAGUUUGCGCCCGAAUUGUUCAAUUCACCUUUAACUAUAUUAUCGCUGUAAAACUGAUACGAAUACAUACCCCAUACUAUCUCUGGCCCUCUGGAAACUUGGAAGCGUCAUAUCGUCGAUCCUACCGCUACUAGAUUACUCCAAAGAUGAUUGGUUGUGUGGCCAGUGCAUUCACACUGUUCUAUUACAUAUCUUGUUCAUCAAAGCUAACGUUGGCUGUCAAUUGUGAAAGGUUUGCUGAUAGUUAUACUGGAAUUUCGUUAUAUUAUCAGCAGGAUCGUACAUUCUUUGUUCUGCAACUGCAUUUUCGCUAAAUAGUUUAUAAUAGGUAUCAUAAUCUUGAAUAAUUUUACAGAUUGUCUCUAUGUCUUAUAAAUACAGUGCUGUUCUAAAUAAAUGGAAUAUGAUUAAAACUUCUUACAUAAUACACACCAGCUUACGUCACUGAUCACGUCUACUGAUGUGACGUCCAUGUGACGCAAUGUUGGAUCAAUUCCCAUGCGUAAUUUGACAUUACGUAAGUAGCUUCACCCAUAAUCUGUCUUUAAUCUCAGAGACAAUUUUGCUUUCCAAGAAAUUGUUGUAUUAUAUUCAAACUUAGUUUAGUCAUUUAAUCAUAUUCCACUGUUUCUUGUAACAGCAUUCUACUAUUAGCCAACAUGGAAGGCUCAAAUCUGUAACGUCCACUUGUUCACUAUACUAUCCACGAUUGUAUAUAUUUGAAGGAAUUAUUUGCAUGACGUUUCUUCUAUCUUCAAUGACACUAUUAGAGUGACACUCGGAAACAAUGUGCCCUCUGUUUGUAAUAAAUUUUUUAAAGAUUAAUUUUGUAUUAUUCACGCUAACUCACAAUUAACUUUCAAGUUAAGCAACUGUUGUCAUGUUAUGGUUAACUAAGCCCUUAAUUAUACUUCGAGGUAGCUGUGACACACAAACCAUAUUAUCUUACUGUCCUGCACUGAUCAACACUAGCGCGAUCGAGAGCAGAUGUUUGAAUAUUUUGUCGUGCUUAAUUGAGUAAAGCUGUGAGAGUUGAAACUGUUCUUUGGCAGAUGCGUGUUCAUCAGGUUGCGUUGCCAUGUUAGGUGGUUUUCCCCUGGGCAUAAUAUUCUGUGGGAUUUAUUUGGGGGUAAUUAAAACCUUUGUUUUUUGGUAUCUGAUUUGGUUUUCAAAAAAGUAAAACUAACAACCGCCAAACAACAGGUUGAACUUAUAGCUUUAUUUAAUUAUGCCACGUCAAAACAUAUAAACAACUGCUCUCAAUCGCGCUAAUAUAGAUCAGUGCAGUAUUGUAAGACAACA